UUUUCAGACUCAUUGCGCUCUUUCCGGAAAUUACAGAAUUUCCGGUUCCGGAUUUAAUAAAAAAUACGCAAACAUAUGUCAGAAAUAUGAUUAUGUUAAGAUAUAUAUUUUUUGCAAUAUGCUUCGUUUUAAAACUGAUUGGAAACGAAUGUGUAAAACCAAACGAGGUGCCAGAUGUUUGCAGUAAAUGUGAAGACAGGACUAGCUCUAGUGAAGUUGUUGGUUUUUGUCAGAAGUCAAAUUCAUCAGGUCAUCUCAUAGUGGACAAGGCCUGUUGUCUGAACUAUUCCAGUGAAGAAACAUUCACUGUAUUAGGGUUAGAUUUUAGCCACUGCAAUAUAUCAUCAAUCACUGGUGUCAUCAAUGUGUAUCCAGACCUUCAUAUUUUAAUGCUGGAGAACAAUACAAAUCUUCAGGUCAGUGAUCAAGAUUUCAGAGGUCUUUCAAAAUUAGUGUACCUUUCUCUUCCGUUAACAAUGAAUUGUCCAGGGGGAAAUAACUCUUGGAGAAUUAGUGAAAUAUCAAACAAUGCUAUGUUAUGUAGAGAAGAGAUUGACUUGUGUAUUCAAAAUAAUGUGACCUGUGAAAGCCAGAACUCCAGCAUAUGUGUGCUCGUGGGUCCAGGGGAGGUUGAAUGCCUGUGCCAAGCUGGUUACUAUGGAUACAAGUGCCUUAGACAGGGCACAUUUCCCACUGUGGUCUUCUCCAUAUCGCUGUGUAUCAUAGUGGUCAUGCUGUCAGCGCUGUUGUGGCUGGCACAGAGACGCAAGAUCAAACCCAAGACCUACUAGUAGCUAGCCAUGAACAAAUUACCUUAUGUUUCUGUGAAAUCUAAAAUUCUUGCAAUUAAUUUUUAUUAUAAAUAUUGCGUGUUACGUAGUUGUUGAAAGAUUUAUUUUAUGAAUGUAUGAUAAACAUAUUUUUAUUGUAAUUGUUACCUCUUUGAAUGGUUGUAUUCUCAUUAAGGUUGAACACAUAACCUGUAUGACACUCAACAUACAAGUAGACGUAGUUUAUUUGCAUCAAUCUCUUAUCAGGCUUGUAAUCAACACACGUAUUCUAUUGAGAACAUGAAAGUGUACUAUUACACUCAAAGGCACUUCUAACGCAACACAUCCUUUUUAAACAAAUUAUUUGUAAAUAUAUUUUGUCAGAAUUUGAAACUUGAAAAAAAAUAAAUCAUAUUAAAAUA